AUGCCGAGGAAACCACUAGAUGAGUGGGAAGAAGAUGCCCGAGAAUCACUUCCUUAUCUGGCAAGUGAUGAGAAAGGUUCAAAUUUUAGAGAGGCGGUGCAAACAACCUCAGUUACCCAAAAGAGUACGACAAAAAACCAUCCCGCUGUAAGACCCUGGGUACAUUUCGUUGCAGGCGGCAUAGGUGGUAUGGCAGGUGCUAUAGUAACAUGUCCAUUUGAUCUUGUAAAAACGAGACUCCAAAGUGAUGUUUAUCAGUCAAUUUACAAGUCAAAAGUAGCUACCCACGCUGUCACAGGCUUCAGACCUGUAUCUUACAUUUUAGACGGCGCCACUCAUUUCAAGGAAACGUUUGGCAUAAUAGGUAAUAUAUACAAGCAAGAAGGUUUUCAAAGUCUCUUCAAAGGGUUAGGACCGAACUUAGUGGGUGUUAUACCAGCAAGGAGUAUAAAUUUCUUUACCUAUGGAACAACGAAGGAUAUUUACUCUCGUUCUUUCAAUAAUGGAGAGGAGGCUGCAUGGAUUCAUUUGAUGGCCGGUGCAACUGCUGGUGUUGCUACUUCUACGGCUACAAACCCAAUUUGGAUGGUAAAAACAAGACUGCAAUUGGAUAAGGCAGGUAAAACAAGAUUAUAUAGCAAUUCGUGGAGUUGUUUGAAGGGAAUUCUCAAUACAGAAGGUAUACGAGGUCUUUAUAAGGGGCUGAGCGCUUCUUAUCUAGGAUCAGCAGAGAGUAUAUUACAAUGGCUACUAUAUGAACAAAUGAAACGUAUUCUGCACGAAAGGUCCAUACAAAGGCUCGGCCAUGCCGAUGAAUAUAAAAAGACUACAACAGAAAAAAUAACGGAAUGGUGUCAAAGAUCAGGGAGUGCAGGUCUGGCAAAAUUCGUUGCAAGCAUAAUAACUUACCCUCAUGAAGUCGUCCGAACAAGAUUAAGACAAGCACCUCUGGAAAAUGGUAAAAUGAAAUACACGGGACUAAUACAGACUUUCAAAGUUAUAAUAAAGGAAGAAGGGUUUGCAUCCAUGUAUAGCGGAUUGACACCUCAUUUGAUGAGAACAGUUCCUAAUAGUAUAAUCAUGUUUGGAACUUGGGAGUUGGUUAUUAAGCUUCUUUCCUAA